AUGUCCUUCCUCGCAGUCAGCCUCCUCAAAUUCGGCUUCUCCCAGGCUAAAAAGCAACGCGCCAAAAAACAAGGCCAGCAAUUCCAAGACCCCUCAGCCUACCCCCAAUACCCCCAACCCUACCCAAUGACCGAAUACCCUCCCGGCGUCGCCCCAGGCUCAGACGUCGCCUACCCACCCUCCUCCGAGCCCACCAGCAAACGGUCCAAAGCAAUGGGCAUGCUCAUAUCCGCCCUUCGCUUCUUCCAAUUCGUCUUCGGUCUCGCAGUGAUAGGCCUCUACGGCCAAGACGUGCAUCAUGACCACAAAGCCAAGGAUACCUGGAACGCCAAAUGGGUCUUUGCGCUCAUCGUCGGCUUUCUGGCCACCAGCACUGCGGUCAUUCAUCUUAUUGUUCCGUUCCUUACGCGGAAAGUCAAUUAUAGACCUGGCGCAAAAUUACAGUUGCCGCGCUUUGCCUGGGAGUUCGUGCUUUGUGUGCUUUGGUUGACGCUUUUUGGUAUCUUUGGGAAGUUGUAUAUCGGGGUUUAUCCUUCGGACUCGAAUUCGGAUUCGAGUAAGAGGGAUGCGACUUCGACUACAAGCGAGUUGGGUGAUGCGAGCAAGAUUAAUCGCAUGCGGCAUGCGGUUUGGGUUGAUCUGGUUAAUUUGGUGUUCUGGGCUGUUACUGCUUCUUGGGCUUUGUUGCAGUGGUUGAAGGCGAGACGGGAAGAUGGGCCGGUUGUUUUUGAUGCUGAGAAGGAGGCUGGGAGUAUUUAA